CGGCCCAUUCUGCCGGAAAGCAAGUGUGCCGCCGUCGUCGAGCUUCCUCCUUUCUCUCUCUCUACACCGUCUUCACCACCACCGCGCCGCCCUCCCCUUCGGUCUGCGCCGCCACGCCACCACCGUGGCGGGGGGAUGGGAUGUCAUCGGCCGGCCGCCACCGCCGGGGGGAGGGCCGCGCUUCCCUCGCUCUCCUUCUUCCUGCGCCGGCCUCUCCGCCUCCACCUCUCGUUCCCCACAUCUCCGGCGGCCGUCGCGUCGCUUUCUUUCCAAGCAGCUCGAGGAGAUGAUGCAUCAUCAGUAUUUCUGCAAACACCCUCGGUUGCUGGUGUUCUAAGCCUUGUGAUAAUAGCAUCCUUUCAAGUGCUUGGCUCUGCUGAAGGCCAUAAGACGGCUGUACCGGCGAUCUUCGUGUUCGGGGACGGCAUGCUGGACGUUGGCAACAACAACUACUUGCCGUCUGACGCCCCCCAGGCUGACUACCCCUACUAUGGCAUCGACUUCCCUGGCUCUGAGCCCACUGGAAGGUUCAGUAAUGGAUACAACAUGGCUGACUUCAUUGCAAAGGAUAUGGGAUUCAAAAUGAGCCCUCCAGCUUAUCUAUCGCUUAACAGUUCGAUAAAAAUGGAGACCAAUUUCACCGGAGUGAACUAUGCUUCAGCAGGUGCUGGCAUUCAGAUCAUCAUGAACGAUGAAGCAACGAUUCCAUUCGUGUACCAAGUGAAGAACUUCAAUGACACGGUAAGCCAGAUGGAGGCUAACCUAGGCCACCAGAAGUUGAGCAAGCUGUUGGCCAAAUCUUUAUUCCUGAUAAGCAUUGGUACCAUGGAUCUGUCUGUAAAUAUAUGGAGAGUAUUAAGAUAUUCCAGAAAGCCAUCACCAUUCAACAUUCCAUAUACACUUUCCUCCUACAAGGCCAUAAUCAUGCAGUUGUAUGGCCUGGGUGCAAGGAAGUUUGGGAUCAUCAACAUCCAGCCCUUAGGGUGUCAGCCAUGGAUGAGGAAGAACUUGGAAAACAAUGUCGACUGCAAUGACUCCAUGAACAGUCUCGCUAGGGAAUUCAACGAUGGCCUCAAGCCCCUCUUUUCCAAUCUCAGCUCUCAGCUGAGUGGUCUCUCCUACUCCAUCGCCGACUUCUACGCAUUCUCAAAUGCCACCUUCAUGAACCCUCGGGCUUACGGGUUUGUGAACAUCAACAGCACAUGCUGUAUUCCCCCCUGCACACCUGAACAUGAACCACCCUGCCAAAACCGCAAGCAGUACUGGUUUUGGGAUCUUUCUUACACGACUGAGCGGGCUGCUAAGCUAGCCGCCUCUGCAUUUUACGAUGGCCCUGCCCGGUUCACUGCGCCGGUUAACUUCAAGCGAUUGAUAAAGAUGAAAUGAUUUUAUAAUAAAGAUCUUUUCGUGUUGCAAGUCCAUUGACGAGUAGUUGAUCAGGUUUUCCUGGGUGUGUAUGUGUGCUUUCCUUAAUUUUCAUCAUCUUUUUUGUAUGCCUCUGGAUUGGUAAUUUGGUAUAUAUAUGUAUGAAUUCCAUGCUAAGGAAUGUGUCACAAUAAGUUGAUCGAUAAGAAGAAUAAACCCAACUAUAUAUAAUCGACGUUUUUGUUUCAGUGA